CGGAAGGAAGGAAGGGGAGCAGGGAGGCAGGAGGGGCACUGCGCAGCUGCGGUCCGGAGGCGGCGGCAGGAAUGGCGUCCGUGGUGCUGAGCGAGGCGGAGAAGCUCUACAUCGUGCACGGCGUGCAGGAGGAUCUUCGUGUGGAUGGUCGUGGCUGUGAAGACUACAGAUGUGCAGAAGUAGAAACAGAUGUUGUAUCAAACACAAGCGGAUCUGCAAGAGUAAAGCUGGGAGACACUGAUGUCUUGGUAGGCAUAAAAGCUGAAAUGGGGACACCAAAGUUAGAGAAACCCGACGAAGGAUACCUGGAAUUCUUUGUUGACUGUUCGUCAAACGCUACUCCUGAAUUGGAAGGCCGGGGAGGAGAAGAACUUGGCACAGAUAUAGCAAAUACACUCUACAGAGUAUUCAGCUGCGAGAACAGUGUAGACUUGAAAUCCCUUUGUAUUAAUCCCAGAGAGCACUGCUGGGUUCUCUAUGUCGAUGUAUUGUUAUUGGAAUGUGGUGGGAACAUCUUUGAUGCAAUCUCUAUCGCAGUGAAGGCAGCUCUCUUUAACACAAGAAUACCCAAAGUGCGUGUUCUGGAGGAUGAAGAAGGCACCAAAGAGAUUGAGCUGUCUGAUGACCCUUAUGAUUGUAUUCGACUUAAUGUAGAGGAAGUGCCCUGUAUUGUCACGCUAAGCAAAAUUGGAUAUAGGCAUGUGGUGGAUGCUACCCUUCAGGAAGAAGCCUGUUCUUUGGCAAGCCUGCUUAUUUCCGUGACCAGUAAAGGUGCCCUCACUUCUAUGAAGAAAGUGGGGAAAGGUAGCCUGGAUCCUGAGAGUAUUUUUGAAAUGAUGGAGACAGGACAAAGAGUAGGCAAGUCACUGCACAUAGCCCUUCAGAAGAUUUUGGAUGAAGAAGAGAGUUUGGGGACGUCACGGCCAAAAGUUGGAUUUCUAGGAUGAGAUUUCAUUAAAUGUUCAAAACUGUUUUUAAUUAA